AUGGUAUCCAAGAACCCGAACCCGCCCGAGGGAUUCUAUUUGGAUCCGACUGGCAUGGCUCUCCCGGGGAUGCCUCCCUUCGCCUCUGCCGCCGCGGCGGUCACCGUCUCUGCCUCUAACUCCUCAGAGGACGCAGCCAAGAAGAUCCGCAAGCCCUACACUAUCACCAAGUCACGGGAGAACUGGACCGAACCCGAACACGACAAGUUCCUCGAAGCCCUUCAACUGUUUGACCGUGACUGGAAAAAGAUUGAGGCAUUUGUUGGAUCAAAGACUGUUAUACAGAUACGUAGCCAUGCACAGAAAUACUUUCUAAAAGUUCAGAAAAGUGGAGCAAGUGAACAUCUUCCGCCACCCAGGCCUAAAAGAAAAGCUGCACAUCCAUAUCCUCAAAAAGCUUCCAAAAAUGCUCCUGUACUCCCACAAGUAUCAGGAUCUUUUCAAUCAUCAUCUGCUUUGCUUGAACCUGGAUAUAUCCUGAAGAAUGACUCCCCUGCGAUGCUUAAACUUCCUGUGAACACUGUGGUGUCGUCCUGGUCAAACAACACCUUGCAAACUGUCAAUUUAUCCCCUGUGACAAAAGUGAAUAAUCCUUGCAGUAGUGGUGAAAGCACUCCUAAAGUGCGCCCACUAGGUGAAUCUAAUGGUCAAGGACCUCAAGGGAAUAAAAUCCAUCCAUUGAGAGUUCUUCCAGAUUUUAAUCAGGUAUACGGUUUCAUUGGCAGUGUAUUUGAUCCAAAUGCAACUGAGCAUCUGCAGAAACUAAAAAAGAUGGACCGUAUAGAUGUUGAGACAGUGCUACUGUUAAUGAGAAACCUGUCUAUCAAUUUAACUAGCCCAGAUUUUGAGGAUCAUAGGAAGCUGCUUUCAUCAUAUGAGGUUGAACCAGAGAGAAAAAACUAUCAAUGUGGAUAG